GCCAUGUCGAAUGCAUCGCGCAGUUUUCGAGCGAGAUUUGUUGCUCGACCAUAACUGUGUAGCGCCGGGACCAGCCGUAUUCCCUGUCAGAAGCAUUCAAGAGAUACGGGAUCCCAGAUCUGGAGUAGUACGCACCCGCUCAUGGCUGUUCCCGUCACAUAAUAGCCUGCCGCCUCCAGCUUCUCCUGUGUCCAGGGCAACAGCUCGUCCCAGAACUCGUUGAUAUACAACCCUCUUCGACCGACCUGCCGACCUUGCCUCGUCUGGGCCGAUCCGAACUUGUUGAUCACAUGGUUUAUAGCAGGGGCCAUUGAAUGUCUAGACGUCCUCAACGAUCGCACCCAUCUCGGCAAGAUGGUGUAUCGCAGCUCGACAUCUCUGGUUCACACCCGAGUGGAGAUGGGAUGACGCGAAUCCUUCCUUCAAGACUCCGAUUCGGAGACCUUGAAUGCCAACUUUGCGGCUGUCCAGUACUGAUUGUGCAUACGGCAUUACCUCUGAUCGAGACGGGGCGCCCAGCUGUCGAUCGUCAAUUGCAUCUGACCCUGCGAUGGCUUCGAGUAAUCGAGCAGCGUCCAGAGCGGUGCGCGCCAUCGGGCCUAUUGCAUCGACUGUCGGUUCCGAAGACAACUGCAAGACGAAUGAUCCUGCUGUCUGGCUCGAAUCAAAUUCGAAGCCGCGCACCACUCCAGUGUAUGGAACGAGACCGAAACUGGGCUUCAGACCCACCAGGCCGCAAUGCGCUGCUGGCUGAGACGACUCGUCAAGCACUGUACGCAGGGCGCAAGAUCUCUUACAAUUCUGAUGCUUCCACCCUGGUCUCCCCCAAUUCCCAUGUCGACUUCUCCAGAACCGAUGAGAGCGCCGCAACCCGAGCUCGAUCCACCGGCGCUGAAACCUGCUGCGUACGGAUUUUCGACGGGCCCAAAUGGUGUCGAAUGGGAGCAAGGACCGUGCGAGAAGUUCUACCAUUCUGUAGUGUUUGUUCGCGC